AUGUAUUUAAUCUAGUUUAAUAAUAGUGUUUGCCGUGUUCAAGCAGCUGCUAAAAUUGUUUUAGCACUAGUUAAGACUCUUGCAUAAGUUGCCCUCAGAAUUAUUACAAAAAUUGUAGGAUGCAUUAAAUGUGAUUCUAAAUAAAACUGCUUGCAAUGCAGUCCUAAUUUAUACUUUGAUAAGUGUAUAAAUAGCUGCCCAAGCUCAUACUAUCCAAAUUAAAAAACAUAAAUAUGCGAAAAAAUUAGCUAAUGCAUACAAAUUAACGAUACUCCUCCACUACUCAAUUAAAAAGUUCUCCAAUUAAACUCAUUAUAUCAAGAUUACUACCUUAUUAGAGCAAAUUCAUGCAAUUUUGCUUUAGUAGAUUAAAAUUUUUAGAUAAUUUACAUAGAGAUACUUUAAAAUAUGCCAGACUUUGAGCUUAAAUAUAUGAAUACUGGAGAGGAAGCUUAAUAAAAGAGUUUUAUUUUGGAAGAAUAUGGAGGCUGCUUAGCUAAUAAUUCUAUAAAAUAGUCUUUCUUAAUUAAAAGACUAUAUGUUCAAUAGCUUGGUUUGAUUUGA